AUGCAGGCGUUGGGCAGCACCCAGCGAGGCUCUCCGAGAGCCUUCAGCGUCCUGGAUCGUCUUCUGCUGACACAUCCGGUGUGGCUGCAGCUGUCACUCAACCAAGACUCUGCCCUCUACAUCCUGCUCAGAGAGCCUGUUGGGACGUUUUUGGUGCGCAAAUGCAUCUUCAGCCAGAGGAAGGUGCUGUGUUUGAGAGUAACAGCUGACAGAAGUGCCUCCUGUAUUAAGGAGUGCUUCAUCUGUGAGGAAGACUCCACAUUCGCCUUGGAGAACUCAGCACUCAGCUUCCCCGACCUGUGUAGACUGGUGGCCUUCUACUGUGUCAGCAGGGAUGUGUUGCCUUUCCCGCUUCAGCUACCAGACGCCAUCGCUGAAGCCACAACACACAGGCAGCUGGAGGCCAUCUCUCACAUGGGACAAGACUUCUGGAGCUUGCCGAGUGCUUCUGAGAUCCAAAAUGGACCGUUGGACCUGGAUGAGACAACCAGCGGCAGCCCGGGCCAGACGGCGGUGAACCUGCUGACCCAAGGCAGACAAGGGAAACUCUGCUUCAUUAACCCGCUCUUCCUGCAGCUUGAAGUCAGCAAGCAACCACAACUCACAAACCACAGUGCCUCCAAUAAAAGGCACCGCUUCAAGCGCAGCAUGCGGCUCCGGCUCUCCGAAUCCUCCAUGAAUCUGUCCCUUGAGGGGGUCGGCUCCUACUCACCUCCCCCGUCAGUGGAGCAUCCCGGCGGGUCAGAGCGGCUGCAAAAGUCCGGCGACAACCCACAGAGGAGAGUUCAUGCUGGGGCAGGAGUCUUGAGGAGAACCCCUGCUGUAUCACCCGGGUCUGCAGAAGAAGAUGACAUGAUUUCUGCCUACGUGCCACAAGUAAUAACAACAUCUGCCAAGGAGGAAGAGCCUCCAAUGCCCCAGCCGUCUGCCCGAGCAGAGGAGCCAGGCAUUGAGGUGGCGGUUCUGGCCUUGGAUCGUCGCCCUGCUCCCUCCCUGGCCGAGCUUGACAGCAGCAGCUCCUUCAGCAGUAUGGAUGAGGAAAAUGAUUCAGAUUCAGAUUCAGAAAGCAUGGCCCAAUUCCAGAUCCACAGCUACAAGCGUCCACCGCUGUUGCGCUCUCGAGGCCGCGGUGGGUUGCACCGCAUGAGUGAGGCGUUUGUGUGUUUCUUCGCUCCGGACAAGCGGCUGACACGACUGGUGGAGGAGCUGUCCAGAGACAGACGCUCCAUCUUUGGAGGCAUGGUUCAGGACUUCCUCAUGGCACAGAGAGGGGCGCUCAAAUCCCUGGCUGCCUCUUCAUCAUCAUCAGCGUCCUCUUCCUCCUCACGUGUGACGUCUGUGCAGAUCCUGCAGGGUCUACGGCUCUUUCUGUCCCAGAUGAAGUGCUGCCUGCUGGACAGUGGAGAGCUGGAGCCUCCCAUUGACACCCUGGUGCCAGAGAAUGAGAAAGACCUGGCGCUGGAGCGGGCCAUGUUCUCCUGCAUACUCAGGCCUCUGAAGUCCCACCUUGAAAAAGCCCUGAUAGCGCUGCACAAUCAGGAUGGCUCUAACGAACGCCUCACCCAGAACAUGCUGCUUCUGAGAGGGGACGACGCCAUGGAGCAGCUCGGUGUACAAACGGGCGUCCCGGACAGCCGUGAGGUGGAGAGAGUGAAGCAGAAGCUGGUCCUGAUGCAGCGGACACACUCGCCUAUCGAUAAGGUCCUCCUUCUGCUGCAAGUGUGCAAGUGUGUCCACAAGGCAAUGGGGACCUUAUAUGGACAUGAAGUGAGUUCGGAGGACUUCUUGCCAUCGUUGUCGUACGUGAUUGUGCAGUGUAAUAGGCCUCACAUUCUGAUAGAGGUGGAGUACAUGAUGGAGCUGCUGGAGCCGUCCUGGCUCGGAGGAGAGGGUGGGUACUACCUGACCAGUGUGUAUGCCAGCCUGCAUCUGAUCCAGAGCCUGGACCAGGACAAGCCUUUCUCAAGCUGCCUGAUGCCAGAGGCCCAGGAGGCGCUGAAGGACUGGAGCUGCAGACGGAGCCAAGAGGCCCAGAGACAAAAAGAGAACCGGCACAGCCAGAGGUGCGUUCGGAUACUGUUCCAGGACGGGGAGCGGAGCGCCGUGCGGACGUUGCAGUGGAGAGCAGGGGAGACCAGCCAGGCCCUGGCGCAGCUGUGUGCCACCACCUUCGAAGUGUCCGACCCGCAGCAAUACACCCUGUACUGGCGCAGCGGCGGCGAGAUGAGGGCCCUGCCGGCUCAGGCUCAGCCCCAGGACCUGGCCAGCCACAGCGAGGGAGGCCCCUCGCUCUCCUACCUGAGGACCGACCACGACUUCAGCAAGAUGCGGCGGCUCACCAGAGGUGGCGCCGUGGACCUGAGCGAGUCGGUGUGUGAGGAGUGA